AAGUUAAAUUUACUCUUGAGUAGAGUAUUUGUACUCAAUACUUCCGGUGUAAAAAUCUGUUCUCCUCCUCCCGCUCUUCGGUCAUUUCUCACGGAGACAAAAUGACUUGUAAACGACGAAACGGAGGUCGUGCUAAGCACGGACGUGGUCAUGUCAAUCCAGUCCGUUGUACCAAUUGUGCCCGUUGUGUGCCCAAAGACAAGGCAAUUAAAAAAUUUGUCAUCCGUAACAUCGUUGAAGCUGCUGCUGUCCGGGAUAUAAACGACGCCAGUGUCUAUGAGUCCUACCAGCUCCCUAAAUUAUACGCCAAAUUGCACUACUGCGUUUCCUGUGCAAUCCAUUCCAAAGUUGUACGUAACAGGUCCAAAGCCGAUCGUCGUAUUCGUACGCCACCUCAACGUAACUUCCCAAGGGAAAUGCGUCAAGGACCUCAACAAAACAGAAAGUGAAUGUGAAAUACAUAAUUUUUGAUUACAACUAAAAAAUUAUAAUAAAAUUAAAAAAAAAAAAAACUAAAAAUUGUA